AUGUGGAAUCAGCUGGGAGUUCUUCUCCUUGCCGCAGUACCGGUUAUCGGGACAAGUGACACGUCAAAUCCCCUUACUCAGGGCAACGACACUGCUCCAUGGCCUAACUCCGUCUACUCAAAUGGCACCGAUACCAGCAACCCCGUGGUCGCCGCAGGCUCCAAGUCAAACCAGACUUCUCCCCCGUGGUACCCAUCACCAUGGGGUGAAGGGUUGGGUGAUUGGGAAGCAGCGUAUGCCAGGGCCAGAUCAAUUGUCAGCCAGAUGACUCUUACGGAGAAGGUGAAUCUUACAACUGGUGUCGGAUGGGAGCUCGAGCGAUGCGUUGGCCAAAAUGGCGCCGUCCCUCGACUCGGAAUCCCUAGCAUGUGCAUGCAGGAUUCGCCCGUGGGAGUCAGAGAUACGGAUUACAACUCGGUCUUCCCGAUGGGUGUCAACGUCGCCGCAACCUGGGAUCGAGGCAUGGCAUAUACCCGUGGACAAGGAAUGGGCUACGAGCACAAACAUAAGGGCAGCAAUGUUCAGCUGGGCCCAGUGACUGGUCCACUGGGUCGUGUACCCGAGGGUGGAAGAAACUGGGAAGGCUUUGCACCUGACCCAGUACUCUCGGGCGUGUUGUUCGGCGAGACUAUCUCUGGUAUCCAGUCGCAGAACGUCAUUGCCUGCGGCAAGCACUUUAUCGGCUAUGAGCAGGAGCAUUUCCGCAGUGCAGGAAAUGGCUUCGUGUACCAGGUCAAUGAGAGCUACAGUGCUAACCUAGAUGAUGUGACAAUGCACGAGAUGUAUCUUUGGCCGUGGAUGGAUGGUGUGCGCGCUGGAAUGGGCUCUGUCAUGUGCUCUUACAACCAAAUCAACAACAGCUAUGCGUGCCAAAAUAGCUAUGUGCUCAACAAGCUAUUGAAGGCGGAACUUGGAUUCCAAGGCUUCGUCAUGAGCGACUGGAGUGCGCAGAUGUCUGGUGUUGCUAGCGCACUGGCGGGUCUCGAUAUGACCAUGCCUGGCGACAUUGCCUUUGAUUCCGGUACUUCAUACUGGGGAAGCAAUUUGACCGUUGCUGUUCUGAAUGGCACUGUGCCCCAGUGGCGCGUGGACGAUAUGGCCGUCCGUAUUAUGGCAGCCUGGUAUUACGUUGGCGUCGAAAACAACUACGUUCCCAUCAACUUUGAUUCUUGGACCCUUGAUACCUACGGCUACGAGCACUACUAUGCAAACGAAGGGUAUGGUAUGAUCAAUGAACAUGUCGACGUGCGAAACAACCACGGAGCUAUGAUUCGUGAGAUUGGUGCGGCUAGUGCAGUCCUGCUGAAGAAUGUCGAUGCACUGCCAUUGACCGGCAAGGAAAAGUUCACUGGAGUGUUUGGAUCCGACGCUGGCCCAAAUGCAUAUGGACCCAAUGGGUGCUCUGACCGCGGAUGCGAUAUGGGCACCUUGGGCUGUGCAUGGGGAAGUGGAAGUGCCAACUUCCCAUACCUGAUUACCCCGGGCUUCGCCAUUGAGAACGAGAUCUACAACCAUGGUGAUGGAAUGUACCAGGCCGUUCUCGAUGACUACGCCUACUCCCAGGCCGAGUCAGUGGCCAGCCAGGCAUCCGUGUCUAUUGUUUUCGUCAACUCCAACAGCGGUGAGGGAUACAUCAGUGUGGAUGGAAACAUUGGUGAUCGCAACAAUCUCACCAUCUGGAAUGACGGAGAUGCUCUGAUCAAAGCUGUCAGCUCAGUUUGCAACAACACCAUCGUGGUCAUCCACAGCGUUGGCCCAGUCCUUUUGGACAGCUUCGUCAACAAUGACAACGUAACAGCGAUUAUCUGGGCUGGUGUUCCCGGCGAGGAAUCCGGAAAUUCCAUCGUCGAUGUGCUCUAUGGCAAGGUCAACCCUGGUGGCAAGCUACCAUUCACGAUGGGCUCGUCCCGCAAGGAUUACGGAGCAGACGUCCUGUACAAGCCCAACAGCGGCGAAAGCGCCCCGCAACUCGAUUUCACCGAGGGACAGUUCAUCGAUUACCGUGCCUUUGACAAGGGCGGCGUAACUCCCAUCUAUGAGUUUGGCUACGGCCAGAGCUACACCACAUUCAGCUACUCCGACAUCACCAUCAAGAAACACAAUGUCGGUAAAUACACCCCUACAAAGGGCUCUACCUCCGCAGCUCCAGUUCUGGGCAAGGUCUCCAGCGAUGCAUCAGAAUACACAUUCCCGGAUGAUAUCACACCUGUCCCCUACUUCAUUUACCCAUACCUCAACUCCACAUCCCUGAAGAAAUCAGCCGAUGAAUCCGACUACGGCGUUUCGGGCUCCAUCCCUGCGAAUGCCCACAAUGGCUCCCCACAGCCCCGUCUCCCUGCGAGUGGCGUGGGUGGAAACCCUCUGCUAUGGGACGUGCUCUACACGGUGACCGCCAAGGUCACCAACACUGGCAAGGUAGCCGGUGACGAGGUGGCCCAGCUGUAUGUGGGAUUGGGUGGACCAAAUGACGCAAUUAGACAGCUUCGUGGAUUCGAAAGACUGAGCAUCGCCCCUGGGAAAACUGCUACUUUUACAGUGGAUCUUACGCGACGUGAUCUCUCGAACUGGGAUACUGUUUCGCAGGACUGGUUUAUCUCGGACUACAAGAAGGCUGUUUAUGUUGGUGCUUCUUCACGGAACCUUCCUUUGAAGACUGUUAUUUCUGGUGCAUCGGCCUUCAAUUAG